CGCCAUGUCGUACAUGCUCCCGCACCUGCACAAUGGCUGGCAGGUGGACCAGGCCAUCCUCUCGGAGGAGGACCGCGUGGUCGUCAUCCGCUUCGGCCACGACUGGGACCCCACCUGCAUGAAGAUGGACGAGGUCCUGUACAGCAUCGCGGAGAAGGUUAAAAAUUUUGCAGUUAUUUAUCUUGUGGAUAUUACAGAAGUACCUGACUUCAACAAAAUGUAUGAGUUAUACGAUCCAUGUACUGUCAUGUUUUUCUUCAGGAACAAGCACAUCAUGAUUGACUUGGGGACUGGCAACAACAACAAGAUUAACUGGGCCAUGGAGGACAAGCAGGAGAUGGUCGACAUCAUAGAGACUGUGUACCGUGGGGCCCGCAAAGGCCGCGGCCUGGUGGUGUCCCCCAAGGACUACUCCACCAAGUACCGCUACUGAGGCACCUCAGUCUGCGCGGAUAAAUGUCCUGGAGCCCUUUUUGUGCGGAAAUGUUUUAAGCUAUUUAUAGCUUUGGAAAAUACAGGAAGCUCCAGGGCUGGAGGACCUCUGAGAUGGAAUUGAUUACAUGGUCUUCACUCACCAAAAUAAACAAGCACGUGGUGAGAGGAGCAGGCCUACUUGUUUGUUCUCAGGAAACUUGAUGAAUAGAUGACUGAUUUUUCCUAGUCAAAGUUAAUUCUUAUCCUUGGAGUAAAACGAAGGUGUUUAUCCUAUGA